GCUCUACCAAGCUCCCAAACAUUCCUUCCUCUCGACCACAUCGAUACUUCCUAGCUGAAGCUCCUCCGUCUCGACGGCCUCGUCUUCUUUCAGUCCAUGGCUGACCCCCAGGCAGGAGCGCGAGGUCCUCCGGAACCCCAGGCGGAGACCUUGGUGGAGCCUGCGCGGGUCAACGGCUCCACGGCGGAAGCCACGCUCUCUAAUACCGAGCUAGCAUGGCGCCCCACCGGCGCCGUCCGCGACGGCGGAGAGAGGCGGAAGCUGGAGCUUGAGUCGGACGUGCUCGGAUUCCAGGUGGAAGGGAGGGCUCUUAAGGUCGCGACCUUCGCGAGGGGGGACGACGCGAGGCCGCCGUCGCCGCUGGGCUGCGGCGGAGGUGGAGGGGAGAGGAAGAGGGGAGAGCUGGUGGUGGAGAUGGAGAGCGAGGAGGCUGCGCAGAGGUGGGGAGAAGCCAUUGGAGAUUGCUUCGCGGCGCUCGGUCGACCGAAGAGAUUGCUCAUCAUAGUGAAUCCUUACGGUGGGAACAAAGGUGGACGUAAGGUUUUCCAAACUGAGGUCCUGCCCCUUAUUGAAGCUGCUGGCAUCCAUUACAUCAUGCAAGAAACCACGCACCGUCUUCAUGCUCAAGAAAUUGCUCAUUCACUGGAUCUUCAGAAAUAUGAUGGCAUCAUCUGUGUUAGUGGAGAUGGUAUCCUUGUAGAGGUUGUUAAUGGUCUGCUGCAAAGAGAUGACUGGAGCACAGCAAUAAAAGUGCCAGUAGGGAUCAUCCCGGCAGGUACUGGAAAUGGAAUGGUGCAAGCUCUAUUGCAUUCUGCUGGUGAGCCCUUCUCUAUGUCAAAUGCUGUGUUUGCAAUCAUCAGAGGUCACAAGCGUGCCCUAGAUGUCACUUCUGUUGUGCAAGGAAAGACAAGGUUUUUUAGUGUCAUGAUGCUUACAUGGGGUUUGGUAGCUGAUAUUGAUAUUGAGUCAGAAAAGUUUAGGUGGAUGGGAAGCGCUCGGAUUGACUUCUAUUCCCUUCUACGCGUGGUGAACUUGCGAAAGUACAAUGGGCGGAUUCUUUUCGUCCCAGCCCCAGGAUAUGAAAGAUUUGGCGAUCCUGUGGAGCAAACGACCAGUUGUAAAUCAGAUGGGGCUAGCAACACCAUGGAAGGAGACACAUCAAAUGUCUGUAAUGAUGUAUCAUGUACAUAUUCAGGCCCUUCAGUUGACGAAGCUGUUCUUAAAUGGAGAUCACUGAAUGGCCCAUUUGUUAACGCUUGGAUCAGCAAUAUUGCUUUCGCUAGUGAAGGUGUCAUGAUAGCACCACAAGCACAGUUUGCAGAUGGCUACUUGGAUGCAGCUAUAAUCAAGGAUUGCCCAAGGUCGGUUGCUCUUGGGCUCUUGCUCCGGAUGAAGGACGGUAGCUACAUCGAAUCACCCUAUGUGGAGUACUUCAAGGUGAAGGCUCUCCGAAUCGAGCCUGGCCUGCGCGUCGGCAGUAAUACCAUAGGAGGCAUCAUCGACUCCGACGGUGAGGUUCUCGCGAGAGGCGACAUAACCCAAACAGCCGAUGAGCCGGAGCAUCUAAUGGCGUAUGGCCCUCCUAUUCAACUGACGGUGGAUCAGGGACUGGCCAAUAUCUUCUCCCCAAGAUGAUGUUUCUUUUUUUCAUUCUUUCCUUGUUCUUUCUGCUCUCACAUAGUUACAUCUCAACAUAUAUUGUAUGUUGUAAAUACUUUCACCACAGUGCAAGAGGCCGCUGAUAUUGGUCUAAAUCCUCUUUUUUACUGAUAGUCAGUAUUCAGCCUCAGAAGGCGAAAGUGUGAGAGCCGUGCUAGACAAGUGCAGAAUCCAUCUCUGAAGGGGGAUUCUCAUAUUUGGGACAGGGAUUUGUCCCAUGAAAGGGAUAUACUGUUUUGGCAAAAAAAUUGAUACAUCACACUCUGAUUGUAAUUAGCCUUGACGGAGACACAUCAAAAAAGCAUGAUCUGAUUGGUACUGUUCUUUUGUUUGAUA